AUCCCAUCAUAUCUCUAAACAAAUAGCCGCCUAGCCCGUCGCGGCGGCGUCGUCCGCAUCAAGAAAGAAAUCUACGCCGAGAUCCGCGCCGUGCUGCGGGAUCGUUUAAAGGAGGUUAGGAGAACGCAUACCUACCUACCUAGUGGUGCCUGCAUCCAUCUGGGUUCUUGGGGAGAUUAUGGAUGCUAAACUUUUGAUUCACUGCCUUGCAACAGAUCCUCAAGCACGUUGUCCUUGUUCUAGAGUCGUCGCAGACUCCGUUGAGGGAUCGGAAGGUCGUUACCUCUCGAGAUGUGGUAUAUGCUGUACACCAGGUACGUGGGUGAGUGAGAUAUGAUAGGAAUCCUGAUUUCAAUGUAUUACCGAUUUGUCUUCCUUUUUUUUUUUAUCUACGAUGCUGUGUUUCAGAAACCUCGUCCUUCCUCCCCCCCCUCUCUCUCUAUAUUUGACUUGAUAAGAGAUGUUAACCAGCAUAGAUGGGAAACACUCUCUACGGGUUCUAGUCAUGGAUGAAUCUUGAUCGUGUUGGGUGUUGGGAAUACCUGGGAAUGAAUGCCUACACUACACUACUCUGCCUGACUG